UGUACUUGUUCAACUGUACAGAGAAUUUUCAAACGGUGAGAGCACCACUGUGCAGGGAUUCAACUGUCGAGACAAAAAGCUAGACUCCACAUGUGGUGUGGACCCAGCGCUUUUAUUUGAUUGUAUUCGACGACAAGGGCUAUAAACAAAAUCAAUACAUGUUCAAUGAUGUACAUACGAUGUACAAUCAUGUACAUUAGUUUGUUCCUCUAUUUGAAACCCCUCCCAAGUUAAGUACAUAGGGGUCUGUGAAUUGUCAACAACGUGCUCUAAAGGUCACGCACGGUGGAUAUUUACUUGUCACUGAGGGAUUUUUUAUCGAUUUUUUGGAGAGAAUUAAAAUGACACCCUCGGGAUCAAGCGGUUGCAGUCAAUUCAGCAAUGAUGACAUCUCUGGAAGUUCUUUUGCAAGUGAAGAGAUACUGGAUAUUCAAGGAAAAUAUCAGCUUGACAAAUGUGUCGAGUGGAUAACAGCACGUGGAAUUGACAAGGUCUGUCUGCAGUUCCCAGAUGCGCUCCUCCAGGACUCUGCGAGAAUAGCCCUUUGUUUUGAAGAUUUCCUGAAUAAAAAAGUUUACAUUCUCGGUGAUACGACAUGCGGCAGUUGUUGCAUAGACGAAGUAGCUGCCAAUCACGUAAACGCCGAUGGAAUCGUUCACUUCGGUCACGCCUGCUUAAAUCCAACGACAAGAUUACCAGUCUUCCACAUUCUACCCAAAAGAGACGUCAACAUUUCGGUUUUAAUCUCAGAGUUUGAGAACAUUUUUCCCGAUGCCGACGAGAAAAUUCUCCUCUUUUACGAUGUCUCACAUUCCCACCAGAUCCAAGCAAUUUGGGAAAAAUUGACAAAGAAGUUUAAAAAAAUCGUUCUUACCACUCUAAACUGCACCUCAAAUAUCGAAUUCGUGGAUACAAAAAAUACAACGAGUCCAGUAAUAUGUGGACGCUGUUGGAGUGUUGAGAAUGGUUACAAGACCGAAGAGUAUACAGCGGUUUUCAUUGGCGAAAACAAUAGGACUCUGGCAUCCCUGGCCAUGAGCAUUCCCACUAAGACAUGGUACUACAUGUCAGGCUCUGAAGUAACGAAAUUUGACGCUGUUUCCAGUCCUUGGGUUAAACGCAGGCGAUAUUUAGUAGAACAAUUGAAGGACGCCAAGACUGUGGGCAUAGUUGUUGCUACUCUAGGCAUAAAAAAUUAUCUCGAGGCUCUUUCUUCAAUAAAACAAAUACUGAAGAAGAAGAAAAAAAAAUCAUACAUAUUCAGUAUUGGAAAGAUUAAUCCAGCAAAGUUGGCUAAUUUUCCUGAGAUCGAUGCCUUCAUCAUCAUAGCUUGUCCCGAAAGCGAUAUAUUCGAUUCAAAAGAUUAUUUCAAACCGCUGCUAACACCUUUUGAAGUAGAUCUGGCCUUCAACACCUCCAGAGCCUUCUCUAUCCACUACUGCCUUGAUUUUCGACAGAUUCUUCCUGGAGGAUCAAACUUCGUGGAGUUCAAUGCUUCAGAUGGCCCAGACCUCUCUCUAAUUUCCAAUGGAAUACGAACAAAUGAAACUGAAGUUUCCACCGAAAGGAUGUCUGCGUUAGCAUGUAAGGACAAUGGAACUAUGGCUAUUGGCAAAGCUGGAGCUAAUUUCUUGGUGAAUCGGUCUUGGCAAGGACUUGAACAGAGAAUAGGGGAGGAUGAUGUCAAAGUCGCUGAGAAGGGUCGGUGUGGACUCCCCGUUAAUUACGAGAACGAACCUAUUCACAAAACUUAAUUGAAUUUUAACUAAAUUAAUUGAUUAAUGUGAAUUGAAUUUAAUAAUUUAUUCGUACAAUUUCAUGCUUUGAUAAAACAUUUUUCUAUGUGUUGGAAAUUAUUGAGUCUAAUUAUUUUUCAUAUAUACGAAGAUUAAAUAUUUAAUGAAGA